CUCCAUUCAAGUUGCUGCACUGCACAUCCUCGUCACAACUCGCAUCUCAGUCCUCUGUUUCAAGCCGUACAGCUGGCAAAUUACCCUGCCUUGGUAUCUAGCAAUACUACCCACUCGGUCCUCCUCCACCCAGCCUUCACGCCGCAAAGUCAUCUAGAAGCCAACCCAAGGCAUCCUUUGUCCUCGCUGCCACAACUCCUCCUACAACAACGACCACACCACGACGAAAGACUACAAGCCACAAGCCCACACUGACAAUCAACACCACGACCACCCACAGCUGAAUCAAACCCCAUCAUGUCCGACGCCUACGCGCGCGAAGAGCAAAACAAUGCUCUCCUCUCAUCCCUGUCUCAAAAGACCUCGGCCCUCAAACACAUCACGCUCGACAUCUACGACAACGCCCGGUCGCAAGAGACACUCGACAAUACCAAUGAGGUGUUUAGUUCGAUGGGCACCAGUAUCCGUGGGUCUGCGGGCCGGUUGACUCGCAUGGCGAGACAGGGGGAUAAAAUUGCGGUGCUGAAGUUGGCGGGGAUUAUUGUCGUUGUGGUUUUGGUUGUUUAUUGGGUUGGGGGGUGGAUUCUGGGGUUGUUUUUUGGUCGGUAGAUAUGGGAAUACCAGGAACACACCAGGGACACCGCCAGCAGAUGGAGAGAAUCGGACUUCAACAUGGGCUUGGAAAUAUCGUCUGGAUGGCGACGGAAAGGGGAACCGGGAAGAUGGAGGGAGUUCAUAAGGAAAUGGAGGGGGAUUUGAGUGCUGUGGCAGGCCUCGUAACGUCGUGAUCUUGGUGACCAAGAGUCGAGAUCAACGCGCGGCUGGAUAACAUGAUCCAGCGGUAGCUGGGGUGGAAUGCUCGGGCAGAAUGGAUGGAAUGUCCUGCACCCAACGGGAGGAAUUAUGCCGGCCUACGCUACGACCAUGUCAAUAUCGCGAACAAGAUGCGGCUGUGAGGGAAUCGAACAGAUGCACAUGGCGUGCAGGAAACAAGGGUAUAAAGUGACCGAAACCAUAUCCGUGGUCAACAACUGUUCCGCUAUGGGGGCUGCAUUGAUUGAACGGAUGGUGGACCAGCAAUACUCAAGCCCAAGCUCGACCUCUCGACUUGCCCCCAAUGACGGAUUCCAAGAGCAACAGCAACACUAACACUGAUUGGCGUGUUCAAUGAACGAGAAGCAAGAAUCAAGUGACGGUCUUCAUGCAGACGGAUGUGGGGAGCUUUGACUCGGAUCUCGAACAACCCAAAGCAAGGGUAGACGUCCAAAGAGGGAGCAGGGAAGGGGUAAAGGAAUGCAAUUGCAGACAGCCCCAGACGGGGGCAAAGGGUGUGAUAGAGACAGACGACCACCAUUCAAGAAGAGGCGCAAACAUUCAGGUGGCGGCCGCGGCGUUCUGGAAGCCAAUAUGCGCGUGCCUAUAUCGACCUAAGCCUAGCUGCUGAGUUAUGCUGUGUCCCACCAGGCCGUGAGCAGGAUGGUCGAGAAGACGACAUGAGAGGAGAGGGGAGGAGCGGACUAGCCGGAGGAGCCAUGGCAUCUUUGUCCAAUGCAUAGCUCAAUCCACGGUGCCUUCCUAGCAAGCAAAAGGGCACAUUAUUGAGCAAUAUAGAAUCGAUUUUAGUUACGAGGAUGGUGACUCUUGAGUUGAUUCUCAUUAAGAGGCUUGCAUUGCCUGAUACUAAACACAAUUCAAAUAAACCGUCCGCUGCCGGCCGCAGACCUGC